GUCGCGUCCCCCGCAAGCUACAAAUCCGCAGAUCACUCCUGAUGGUCAUUGCGUCUCAAUUGAGAGCGAUGACGGAGAGUGGGACAUCCCGAGGGCCCACAAGAAGAAGAAACGAAAAAACAUCUGGCCAGCGACCUCCCGAAACUCCGCCUUCGAAAGGCUGGGGGAUAGGGAGGAAGGCUAGAGGAAGUCAGCCAAGCAAAGGCGCGUUCGCCCGGCUAGGCGAGGUGCGGGAGGCCGAGCUUGCCCGCACCCGGCGCUCCCGGUCUAACCGGCAGGAGCCAGCGAGGACGAGGGCCUCCCACCAGGAAGAGGAGGCAGAAAGCCAGCCCAGGUUACCGGUGGCAAACCGGUUAACCAUCCCGAACGACCGCGUCCAGCAGAUGGAGGCAAAACUGGAAAGGCUGGAGAAGAAGGUCGGAGAGAAGAACGACCGGGUCAAACCCCUGGCGGGGUCCCCGUUCACCACAAGGGUCCAUCUGACACCUUUCCCGCGAAAGGUCAAGAUCGGCGCCCCCAGAUUCACCGGGAAGGAAGAUCCGGAAAUCCAUCUGGAUUCCUUCAACCAGAGUGCGACCAUGAACGGUUGCACCGAUGAAGAAAAGUGCCUUCUUUUCUUCCAGACCUUGCGGAACCGAGCCACUGAAUGGUUCAAUAAGCUUCGCCCGGGAGGCAUUGACUCGUUCAGUGAUUUGGCCUCAAAAUUCAAAGCCAAGUUCCAGGAGAAUUGUACUAAGAGGAAGAAAUUCACCUAUCUUAGUACAGCCGGGCAGAGGGAGUCUGAGAACCUUACUCAGUUCCUUACCUGGUGGAAGGAAGAGGUAGACAAGGUGGAAGAGAUGGAUGACAAAACCGUCCUAUCCCUCCUCUUGAAUGGCUUGCGUGCUGGGGAAAUAUACAAGGAGUUCUGCCGGAAACCCCCAGCCACGUAUCAAGAGGCCUACCACACCGCAUGGGAGUUUGCUGAAGCUGAAACCCAGCUCCGGGCAAAGAGAGAAGCUGAGCAUGGUCACAAGUCCAAGCCGGUGCAAGUCAAGAAGGAAGAAGCACCGGGACCUAGCCGGCCGAGGCACCACUAUGACCCGGUCAUCCGAGUGGUCAAUACGGAAGAAUGCCAAGAAAUCCGGAAAGCACCGGUCAUUCCUCCAGAAAACCCUACCGGUCAAACAGGGCGGCAAUGGUCGGGUACCUAUUGUUCGUACCACAGGUCAGAUUCCCAAAACACCUCCGAAUGCAAAAGUGUUAAGGGGGUCAUCCGGCAGAUGAUCGACAAGGGAGAGCUGGGCAAGGAUUACUUGCAGAAAGCCCAGGAGAAGAGUCAUCAAUGGGUUAGGACAGCUGCCCCGGGAGAUGACCGAGACAACGACCGGCGGAGGAAUAACCGGCCAAGGGAGCGGCAACCUGCUCCAGAAAAAGAGCACAUCGGCAUGAUCUUCGGCGGACCCGAGGGUGGAGAUUCAGCCGCACAACGGAAGAACUGGGUUCGGAGCAUCUACGUUGGGGAGGUAAGUGCUGAACCGCCCAGGCGUAAACAUACUAGGAGGGAGCCGAUCGUCUUUACUGACCGGGAUCUCCCUCCUACCGGUGAAGAUCACAAUGAUCCAUUGGUCAUCACCAUGGACAUUAAUGGGGUGGACGUCGCCCGGGUACUUGUUGACACCGGCAGCAGUGUCAACAUCUUAUACCUGGAGACUUUCCAAAAACUCAGGUUGUGUCGGACACAACUUGAACCCCUCAAAACCCCUCUCUCAGGCUUCACGGGAGACACCGUUGAAGCUGAAGGAUCCAUAGUUCUACCGGUCGAACUAGGAUCAGGUGAAAAGACUGUGUGGAAGAAGAUGCGGUUCAUAGUUGUGGACAUCAAAUGCGUCCACAAUGCAAUUCUUGGAAGGCCAGGCAUCAACAGAGUCGGGGCGGUGAUUUCCAUGCCUCAUCUGUGCAUGAAGUUCCACACUCCAGGUGGUGUGGGUGAGGUGAAGGGCGACCAGAGGAAUGCCCGGGAAUGCUAUGCCCGGGCAGUCAAGAAGAUGACUAAGGGGGUCAAUGUCAUCUCCCAAGAGAUCACAAAGGGAGAGACCCGGGAGAAACUGGAGCCCGAGGCCGAGACGGUGGAAAUAGAACUUCACCCGGGUGAUUCUUCGAGGAUGGUCAGAAUUGGAGCAAAUGUCCCCGAGGAUCUCAAGGCACAGAUUACACGGGUCCUCCAAGAAUACGCGGGCAUAUUCGCAUGGAGCGUGGCGGAUAUGCCCGGGAUAGAUCGCUCUGUUAUUUGCCACCGAUUGGCCGUGAGGGAGGGAAGUCGACCGGUACGACAGAAGAAGCGGUACCUGGCCAGUGACCGGCGAGACUUCGUCAAGAAGGAAGUGAAGGACCUCCUCAGUGUUGUUGACAGGGCAUCCGGUCCUAGAGGAUACGGGGGUGGUAUCGUGUUCACCACCCCAGAAGGGUUCAAGAUCUACCAUGCAAUCGUUUUCAACUUCAAGCUGACGAACAAUGAGGCAGAGUAUGAAGCUCUGGCUGGAGGGCUCAGACUUGCCCAAGCCCUGAAAAUCAGCCGGGUCAGUAUCAAAUCUGACUCUAGCCCGAUAGUUGGGCAGGUGACCGGUAACAUAGAAGCAAGGGAAGAACGCAUGGCACAAUAUAGGGACCUUGUACUUGCCUUGUUGAAAGGCUUCGAAGAGUUCAAGAUCGCCCAAAUUCCCCGGGCAGAUAACGCGGAUGCAGACCUUCUCUCCAAAUUGACGCAGUAUGCUCCCGAGCAUGUUUCAAAACUUGCCCGGGUAGAGAUCCUUGACCGUGCAAGCAUCGAAAAAUUGGAAGUCGCUGCUAUAACGGCCGGAAGCCAAUUUGACCGGUCAAACUUGGUCGGGGCGGACGGCCAUUGGAUGUAUGAUCUGAUGGAAUAUUUGAUGGAUGGGAGGUUGCCAGAACAAGAUGACCAGGCAAGAAAAGUGAAGCUCGGGGCACCCCGAUUCCAGGUUCUUGAUGGAAAACUGUAUAAAAGGGUAUUUGGGGGGCCACUCCUGAGAUGUCUAACCAAUAGGGAGGCUGAACGAGUCAUAGCGAAAGUCCACGAAGGCGUAUGCGCGGCGCAUCAAAUGUCCCGUACGCUUUCCCAGCGCAUCAUCCUAUUGGGGUAUUACUGGCCAACAAUCGUCCAGGAUUGUGAAAGGUACGUUCAGAAAUGCAGAACAUGCCAAGUAUUCUACAAGUAUCCUGGUAGACCGGCGACCUACUAUCACCCCGUAUCAAACGUAAUCCCGUUCGCUAGAUUCGGGGUAGAUAUCAUUAGAGCCUUCCUUGUCGCCCAAGGAGGGAAGAAAUUCGUGAUCGUAGCCAUCGAUUACUUCACCAAAUGGAUCGAGGCCGAAGCAUUGGCCAACAUUACCACGCAACAAUGCAAGAAAUUCAUUUGGAAGAACAUCAUCACGAGGUUUGGAGCGCCCAUGAACCUCAUCACCGACAACGGCCCACAAUUCCGAAAUCCAAGGUUCACCGAAUACUUGGAGGGCUUUAGAAUCAAGCACAAUCGCUCCUCGGUAGCGUACCCCCAGGGAAAUGGCCAAGUCGAAAACGCCAACAGAACUAUUGUAGAUGGUUUGAAGAAACGGCUGGGAGAGGCAGGAAACAAGUGGCUGGAAGAACUUCCACACAUCGUAUGGGCAUUCCGAGUAACACCCAGGAGGGCUCACGGGGAAACUCCAUUCUCCCUAACCUACGGGUGUGAAGCAAGGCUGCCCAUCGAAGCUGAAUUCCCAACGUUCCGGGAAUCAAAUUACCAACCCCAAUAAAAUGAAGAAGACCACUUGGCCGAGCUCAACUUGGUCGAAGAACGAAGAAUGGCCGCGGAAGUUAAAAUGAGUACAUACUAACAAGUUGUGAAGAAGUACCAUGACAACAAGGUUGGGCCGCGGUACUUCCAAGUUGGGGAUGAAGUCCUGCGAAGAAGAGAAGCAAGUAGACCCGGCGAUGGAGGAAAGCUGGCAAAAAACUGGGAAGGCCCAU